AUGCAUAAAUUAAAAAUAGGCCUGCACUGUCUUAAUAAGGAGCACAGAUUUACAAUACCACCACGAUCAAGUCUAAGAUCACAAAUUGAAUUAUCUUUAAAUCCAGUAUUGGACAAUCACCAGUCGUCUCAUCCGUCGUUAUUGGGUGAUAAAUAUGACCGAGAUUCAAAUAUAUUUGCUGAACACAAAUCAAGUAAAAUGCAUUCUAAAUUACUGGAAAAUGAUAGAAUCAUGCCAAAAUAUAAUGUUAGUGUACGGAUAUUACAUGAUGAAGAUGGUGAUGACGAAAAUGAAGACGAUGAAGACGAAGAUGAUGGAGACGAUGAAGAUGAUUAUGAAGAUGAAGAAGAUGAGGAGGAAGAAAAUGUAGAUGAUGAAGAUGGAGAUGAUGAAAUUGAUUCACAUGUUUCCUUAGCUUAUCUUAAAGAAGAAUCACAGCAUUGCAGAGCAAUCAUUGUUACAAAUACUAAUAAUGAAGACAUAUUUAGUCGAGAACUAUCUUCAGAACUGCCUAUAAUAGAACAAAAAAAGUAUUCAAAAGAAAUGGUUUUAGAUUUUGUGAACGACAAAAAUAUAGUUGAAGUUGAUUUUAAAUUAAAGGAACAGAAGUGCGAUAAACGAGGGCGAAACAUUGAAAGAUGUUCGAAGACAUCUCUAAAAGAAUUGAAACAUUUGACAGCAGAUACUUGUAAAAGUAUUUCAACGAAAGGUCUUGAAGUCUUUUCGGAUAACAAUGAAAAAAAAACAGGUUCAAUGUCAGAAAAACUUUCUGCCGACCAACAAAAUACUAAAACUUAUCAGAAUGCUAUUUCGAAAUUAAAAUUUUUCAUGAAAGAUGAAUCAUUUAGUGGUAAUACUACUAUAAGUAUUAAAACAACAGAAAAUGAG